AUGGCUAACUACACGGCAGCACCAGACGAAGACUAUGAUGUGCUCAUAGAGGAUGAACUGGAUAACAUCCCAGGGCCUCCCUGCCAGAAGUAUAACGCCAGCAUCCUCUUGGCCCAGCUGGCCCCACUACUCUAUUUCUCAGUGUUCGUGGUGGGCAUCCUGGGAAACAUAAUGGUGAUGCUUGUCCUAAUGAAGUACAAAGGACUUAGGCAUGUGGAAAACAUCUAUUUCCUCAAUGUGGCCAUUUCUAAUGUUUGCUUCUUGCUGGCUCUGCCAUUCUGGGCUUACACAGCCAACCAUGGGGGACUUCUCAGCAACUCCGUGUGUAUAGUUGUUGUAGGCCUCUACUCCUUGGGACUAUAUGGCCAGGCUCUUGGAAACACUCUUCUGACUGUGCAGAGGUACCUGGUGGUUUUCAACAUGAGAUGUUCCAAGGCUGCCAGGAUGAGGCUCUGCAGUAUCAUCAUCAACGCUGUGGCCUGGAUCAUUAUCAUUCUGCUCACUUUGCCUGAAUUUCUAUAUUAUAGGCCUCACAGGGAAGGCCAGGAAAAUCUAUGCUCCUUUAACAAGCCUGAGUUUCUGCCUGCAGAGGGGCCAUUCUGGAAGCAUUUUCUAACUUUAAAAAUGAACAUCUUGGGAUUUCUUUUUCCACUUUUUACUUUUGUGUUUUGCUAUGUACGCUUGAGAAAAACAUUAAGGUACAAGGAUAGAAGGUCUGACCUAUUCAAGCUUGUCUUUGCCAUAAUGGUUGUUUUCCUCUUGAUGUGGGGGCCCUAUAAUAUUGCACUUUUCCUGUCUACGUUCAGAGAGAACUUUUCUCUCAGUGACUGCAAGAGAGCCUACAACUUGGAUAAGGGUGUUCAGGUAACAAAAAUUAUGGCCGCCAUCCAUAGCUGCAUCAAUCCGUUCCUCUAUGUGAUUCUUGACAAGGCCUUUAGGACACACCUCUGCCAUCUGUGGACAGCCAGUCCACAUCAGUCACGUCCAGAAUCUGCACAAGACACCUCACUAGGAGAAGUCAACUGUACCUCUCAUGUUUAAA